AUUUUAGUUUGUCUGCAAACAUUGUUCAGAGCGGUACGUUGUCACGGUUGUUCGUUUUGUCGCUUCAAAGGCAUUUAAUCCACUAACGGUAUCCAGUCUUAUCAACAAACGAAAAAAAACUAAAAGUGUAUGUUGCAAUGCUAUGUGUGAUUCUAUGUGUUAUCUAACGAAAGAAUGAUUUUUAUUUAGAACAAGUAAUCUAUUAAUAAAAAGAAAAAUCAAAACACUAAAGAAGAGACUUGCCGCUGCACCUGUUUCCUGUGUCAACGCCGGCAGAGCGCAUCUGGUUGGUUGGUUCUCUUCGCACGUACGCACCUUUGACUAUGGCUACGCAUAAAAAUGUCAGGGAGGGCUACUAAAGUGAAGUGAAGCUUGAUAACUUAAUACUGAAAGCAAAAAAGGGCUAUAACAUAACGUAAAAAAAUAAAACAAAACCACAACAACUUGAAGACGGCCUUGUCUUGUCUCAUUUGCCCUAAGAGUGUGUCUCCGUGUUUAUAUCGUUGUUUGUGUAAAUUCUCUUCUUCAUAUUAUAUAUACAUAUACUCACCGGCAAUCCAUCAAAGUCAGCCUAUAAAAAUUCUUUGGGAUUACACAAACAUUUGGAUUUAAAAUCAACAGCAACAACAAAAACCUAUAACCGCUUUAAAGGUAAGCUUGCUUGCUGCAUUAUCAUCGUGUAGUCUUUAGCGACUUUUGUGAUCCGGCAAAAACUAUUUAUAAGAUGCUGAAACACGUACAAAUCUCACCCUUACGCAAUCGCUCCGAUUCCGUAUCGUUGCGGUCCACAAGUCAAGCCUCCUCCUGCGCCAGUUCCAUGUGCGGCAGUCCAGAGCCACCCACAGACUUGCAGCGUACUCCCUCGAGAGCAUCCAGCUAUUCCAGCCUCAAUGAGCAGUUGCCACAGACCACCAUCAAAGUCUAUACGAAUUGCUUGAAAAUUGACAUUGAAUACAAAACUUUGGGAAUUCAAUGGGAUACGACUAGCACAGAAGUGAUUGCCCAAUUGCUGAGACGCCUCAAGAUGCGUCAUCGUGAUCCACGUCUCUUCUAUCUCUCCAUGGAGGUGGCCGUACGUCGUGCUGGUGUGAAGACCAUUUUAGUGCUUGAUGAGGACACACGUCCGGCCAUAUUGCAGGCCUGUCAUCCGAAAGGCGAAUCACGUUUCUGUCUGCAGCUAAAGCCCGGCGGCUUAAUCCGUGUCCACACCUCAGCUCUGCAGCCCAGCUCCCAGUACAAGUCUCUGGUUAUUAGUGAGGAGACCAACUGCGAUGAGUUGCUGCAUUUGCUGCUGGGAUGCUACAGUUCUUUGGAACCAGUCGAGAAUUUCUCACUCUACGAGGUCUGCCCUGGUCAAGAAUGCCAAAGGAAAUUGCAUCCCGACGAUUUGCCUCUCCGCGCUCAGGCUGAGCGCAUGAAGAGAGGAGAGAAUUGUCACUUUCUAGUACGUCGCACACCCAACUAUGCCAGACGUCGCCAAUUGUUGGCCAAUCUCAAUGAGGCUAUCAAUCAAAGCUAUGAAGCUGACCAUGCGACACCAGGUGAAACUGUUGAGGAUUCGACCAGCCUGCUUGAGCUCUCCCUGGAAUCAGAUUUGUCCCUGUCCGAAGAUCUGCGUAGUUGCAGCAGCAGUGAGAGCGCCGAGGAUGAUGAGUGUGCCAGCAGUUCUGGUUCAUCAGAUAAUUCCACCGAGUGUGCAAUAACACGACGAGAUUUCUAUCAGCGCACAGCCACGCCCACAGCAGUAACCACAAAUGCCAACAUGGUCAAUAAUCCCAGCGUCAAUGUGUCCAUCUCCCCUGCCAGAGCAUACAGUCCCGUGUACAAUAUUCGGGAGAUACGCACAUCCUCCCAUUCGUUCUCCUCACUGGGCAAGGAUAAGAAACUGCUGGAUAUACACAUGAAUGCUCGUUAUGCCCCAUCGGGAGUCUAUAGUCGACUGUUGCCCGUUGCGGAAACGGAAAUAUCUACAACUUUGGAUGUGAAUGGCAAUGCCAGUGGAAAACUCACAGCGGAGGCUGUCAAUAAUAAUCCAGCCAAAGGUCUGGGACACUUUGUCUAUCUGUAGCGCAAGAAGUCACAAGGAAAUGUACAUAGCAAAAUGUUUUAGAUUAAGUUUGAAAACAAAACAAAAAAAAAUGGAAGAGAAUCCCCCAAAAAACGAGUACCGUUUGGACCAAAGAUGCAUUUGUAGUUUAAGCUAACAAUUCUUAACCUUGGGAAAUGUAAAUACUUAGUUUUAAUCAAUAAGAGAUGAAGUUGGCUAAGAGUGUCUACUCUAAUUGCAAAAAGGAAAAGUCAAUUAAAUUUCACUCAUUUUAUAUCCAGUAACCACUGUAAAUCCCAAAUAAUAAACUAUCAUAUCUAACCAUUUAAAGGCAGACGAAAAAGAGUCUAUAGGGAACUAAAGUUUCAAAUAAGUUCUUAAGAAAUCAUUAAAUAAUACCUAAUAAUUAUUAUUCAUGUAGAAACCAAAAAGAUAUUUUUUAAUAAUAACCCGAAAAGCAUAUUAAAAAAGCAAAAA